AAGAACAAAAAGGCGAGCAACUAUCCAGACAUCUGAUCUGCGUGUAUUGGCCAAAACGUGAAAAUUUCUUCGGAAAGAGAAAAUAUGGGAUGCCUAGCUGUGAUGGCCUAGUGAGGUCGUAGGUUCUAACUGUCCAUGUGCAAUUAAACCACUCGCUCGUACGAAGUAAGAUGCGUUAUAUUCUUCUAUUUGUCUUCGCUGUUGCCAUUAUAACCAUGACGGAAGCAAACUUUAAGAAGAUACCGUUUAAUGGCUCCAUGUUUGGUAAAAGAACAACAAAUCCAGAUAUUGAUACGAAUCGCGCAUUAAUUGCAUUAUGCGAAAUCACAACUGAGACGUGCGAGGCGUGGAUCAACCAGAUAUUAGACAACAAGUAGUAUUCAUUCGAAUUUCGAAAAAACACCUAAGCACAAAUGGACAUGAUUCGAUAUUCAAAUCCCCACACCAUAAUACUUUUCAAUAUAAUUCGAUAUUCGAAAAUACACGAAAGCACAUAUGGACAUGAUUCGAAAU